AUGUCGGGGUCGCGCGCGGGCAGUGAGGAGAAGGUGGGCUCCAGACAGCGACUCCAGAUGAAGGUGAAUGAAUAUAAAGAAAAUCAAAACAUCACUUGUGUAUCUCUGAGACCAGUACAGACUACAGUUUUAGGAAAAACACCUAAGGUUUAUCUUGUUCCCUUUUCACUCAGUAAUUACAAGCCAGACCAAAUUAAGCACUCCAAAUCCCUAUUGGAUAAGAAUUCUAACAAUGAAGUUGCAUGUAAGAAAUGUAAGAAGACUGAAAUAAGGAAAACUUGCAGAAGGAUUUUAACUCCAAGGAUGGAAGGCACGUCUUCCAAGGCAGAAUCCACUCUGCAAAAAUCAUCCUUAGAUGUUUAUACUGAAAGUAACAAGCGACAACACAAGAGCACUUCGGAUUCGGAUACAGUGAUUCUCAGUGUUGAUAUGGAAAGCAGUCAGGAUCUAGACAGUGAUGAAGAUACCACACCAGGCCUGGAUGAAUUUUCAGGAUUGUCAUCGUACGAAAGGAAGAGACUGAAGAACAUAUCAGAAAAUGCAAACUUUUUUGCUUCUCUUCAGUUGUCUGAGUCAGCUGCAAGGUUCCGUGAAAUGAUAAAGAAGAGGCAGCCUCCUGAAUCCAAAAGAAAAAAGCCUAAGAAGAGAGAAAAUGGAAUUGGAUGUAGAAGGUCAAUGAGAUUACUAAAAGUAGAUCCUUCAGGAGUGUCAUUACCAGCAACCCCAACUCAGCCAACAUUAAUAGCAGAUGAAAAUCCUUUGUUACCUCCUGGGCCUUUAGAAAUGACUCCUGAAAAUCGAGAUGAUGACAGUGAACUAUUUAAAAGAUUUCUACAGACUUGGGCAAAUGUGAGCAAGACAAGUAGUAAGAAUACUGAGAAGGAGUUAGCUAAUAUUAAAAGCUAUAAAGCCAAUUUAAGUGGCAUGGUCAUUAAUGAAGAUACUGUUCAUAAAGUUACCAAAGGCGCAGUAUUUUCUGUGGCUCUCCACCCAUCAGAAAUUAGAACUUUGGUGGCAGCUGGGGCCAAAUCUGGGCAAGUUGGACUUUGGGAUUUGACUCACCAACCUAAAGAAGAUGGAGUUUAUGUUUUCCAACCCCACAGUCAGCCAGUUAGCUGUCUUUACUUCUCACCUGCAAAUCCGGCUCAUAUACUGUCACUGAGCUAUGAUGGCACGUUACGCUGUGGGGAUUUUUCGAGGGCUAUUUUUGAAGAGGUAUAUAGAGAUGAAAGAAGUAGCUUUUCCUCUUUUGACUUCUCGGGAGAAGAUGCCUCCACUUUAAUAGUAGGACACUGGAAUGGAACUAUAUCACUGGUAGAUAGACGGACACCUGGAACUUCUUAUGAGAAACUUAUCAAUUCUUCUUUGAGCAAAAUAAGAACUGUUCAUGUCCACCCAGUGCAUAGACAGUAUUUUAUCACUGCAGGAUUGAGGGAUAUUCAUAUUUAUGAUACAAGACACCUGAAUCCCAGGAGAAGCCAGCCUUUGAUUUCUUUGACUGAACACACAAAGAGCAUCGCUUCUGCCUAUUUUUCACCUCUUACUGGUAACAGAGUAGUGACCACAUGUGCUGAUUGUAAGCUGAGAAUCUUUGACAGCAGCUGUAUAUCCUCUGAGAUUCCUCUGCUCACUACCAUCAGGCACAACACUAUCACUGGGCGAUGGCUGACCAGAUUCCAGGCUGUGUGGGACCCUAAACAAGAAGAUUGUGUCAUAGUUGGCAGCAUGGCUCAUCCACGACGGGUAGAAAUCUUCCAUGAGACAGGAAAGCAGGUGCAUUCUUUUUUUGGUGGAGAAUGCCUUGUCUCUGUGUGUUCCAUCAACACUAUGCACCCAACUCGGUAUAUUUUGGCUGGAGGUAAUUCCAGUGGGAAGAUACAUGUUUUUAUGAAUUAAGAAAGCUGCUGA